ACGUCACACAGUCCAUUUCGUGAAAUGUAUUCCAUUUCGUACUUCAUCACUGCAAGAUUUGAUGACGUAGUAAGCAACACAUGUGCCGGUCUCCGCCAUUGCGUGGUUCUUUCACCAUAUUUUCCAGAUUUUUUUUCUAAAAAAGAUAAGCAGACAACAUGUCACGUUUCUUUAAAGGAUCAGACUCAGAGUCUGACAGCUCAGAUGAUUCAGAGGAAUUUACGAUUCAGCGACCAGCUGUGACUACAAAGGUAUUCCAGCUCAGUGACGAUGAGGAGGAAACGAGACGUGUAGUCCGUAGUGAAAAAGAUAAAAGGUAUGAAGAAUUACUGAACAUCAUCAAAAGUUUGAAAAACAAGAAGAAGAUCAAGGAUAUGAGCAAUGUUCUCUCAGAUUUUGAAUCUCUCUGCAAGGCAUUUGACAAGGCAAAGAAAGUUGUGGAAAAGGAGGGUAUACCAAGAUUUUAUAUCAGGACAUUGUCUGAGCUUGAGGAAUUUGUUAGUGAGUGCUGGGAGGAUCGAGAAGGCAGGAAGAAAAUGAACAAGACAAAUGCUAAAAGUUUGACCACCUUGAGACAGAAACUAAAGAAAUACUCAAAAGACUUUGAGAAAGAGCUGGAGGAGUACAAAGAAAAUCCUGACGAUACAGAGGAUGAACUUGAUGCAGCAGAUGGUGAAGCAAGUGAAGAAUCAGAUGAAGAAGAACAAGCUGCAGCUAACAGUUUCUUCCAGAAAGAGAAACCAGCUAAACCUGUGAAAACCUAUGAUGAUGAUGACAGUGAAGGUUGGACAAAUUCCGAAUCAGACAGCGAAUCUGACGAAGACGCACCAGAUGAUUAUACGAAUAUGGCAGCGUAUUUCUUGAAAGACAAGACAACUGAUGACAAGAAAGAAAAGAAGCAGAAGAAGUUGCGUUCCGUAAAGCAGCAAGUGGUCAAGGAUGUUGAUGAAGGUGAUGAUGAAGGUGGUUGGGAGGAGGUCACGGGUAAAGGCGGAGCGCCAAUGGUUGUAGAAAAGCCGAAAAUGUUUGCUAAAGACACAGAAGUGAAUCACGAGGCUGUUGUCAAGAAGCUUCUAGAGAUUAUAGCAGCUCGAGGAAAGAAAGGCACAGACAGACAGGAACAGAUUGAGCUGCUGAAGGAACUGUAUUCUAUAGCGGAGGCCAAUAAUCUGGGUUAUGCUAUGUCUGUAAAGAUUGGAUUUAAUAUUAUAGCAGCCAUAUACGACUACAAUCCUAACAUCGCCACAUGCAUGAGGUCGGAAAUGUGGGAAUUGUGUUUAAAGAAUGUUGAAAUGUUGCUGAGCCAGUUAAAGGAGCACCAAGAUAUCACUGUUGGUGCAAACAUUCUUGAAGACUCUGAAAAUCUGGAGACAGCACCUUUCCGUGUGCGAGGCUGUAUUCUGACGGUAGUAGAGAGAUUAUGUGAAGAGUAUACAAAGAUGUUGCAGGCCUGUGAUGCUCAUAGUACAGAAUAUGUUGAACGAUUACGAGAUGAUGUGAAGGUGUGUAGCAUCGUUGAUGCUUUGUUAGCCUAUCUGGAUGGCAGAGCAACAUCAGAAGAAAUCUGCCGAGUCUAUCUGAGAAAGGUGGAAAGUGUUUACUACAAGAUGUCUGGAUGCUCUGAAGCAGAAAUGGACAAGUUGUGUCAAUAUAUCUAUACGAAGGACAGUACAGAUAGAUUACGAACACGUGCAAUACUGUGUCAUAUCUAUCACCAUGCCCUACAUGACAGGUGGUUCCAGGCACGUGAUCUCAUGCUUAUGUCACAUCUCCAGGAUACAAUUCAGCAUUCAGAUGUUCCAACACAGAUUCUGUACAAUCGCACAAUGGUCCAGCUUGGUUUAUGCUCAUUCAGACAAGGGAUGACGAAGGAUGCACAUAAUGCGUUAGUAGAUAUCCAGAGUGGAGGACGUGCUAAGGAGUUACUGGCACAGGGACUGUUGCUGCAGCGGCAACAUGAACGUACACCAGAGCAGGAGAAGAUAGAGAAGAGACGUCUGCUGCCGUAUCACAUGCACAUCAAUCUGGAGUUGUUAGAAUGUGUGUAUCUUGUGUCAGCCAUGUUGAUGGAAAUCCCCUAUAUGGCAGCACAUGAGAUGGACGCUAGGCGUAGAAUGAUAAGUAAGAAUUUUCAUCAUGUGUUACGUAUGAGUGAACGUCAGACACUGACUGGUCCCCCAGAAAGUAUGAGGGAACAUAUUGUAGCAGCAUCUAAGGCUAUGAAAACAGGAGACUGGAAAGCUUGUAAAAACUUCAUCAUCAAUGAAAAAAUGAACUCAAAGGUUUGGGAUUUGUUCCAAAAUAAAGAUGCAGUACGGGAUAUGAUUGUGUGUAAGAUACAGGAAGAGAGUUUACGGACGUACCUGUUUACAUACAGCAGUGUGUAUGAUACCCUUAGUCUGGUCACGCUAGCAGAGAUGUUUGAACUUGACGUAUAUAAAGUACAUUCAGUCAUCAGUAAGAUGAUUAUAAAUGAAGAGUUAAUGGCAUCUCUUGAUGAGCCGACACAGACAGUUAUCAUGCACCGUACAGAACCGACACGCCUACAGGCCCUAGCUCUGCAACUAUCAGAGAAGGUCGGAACUCUGGUGGAAAACAAUGAAAGAAUACUGGAAAUUAAACAAGGAAAUUUCUUCUUUACUAAAAAUCCUAAUCAACAAAAUCGAGAUCAGUCUGGCGGAUACCAGCAAAACCAACAAAACUGGAGUAAGUAUAAGCAACAAAACCAGACUGGCAAAAAUAGAGAUUACAACUACCAGCAACAAGGAUGGAACAGAAGACCCAAUAGAAAUCAACAACAACAAAGAGCAUAUUAAACUACCAGACAUAUUCAUCCUUAAAUACAGUACUACUGUUCUACAGUAUUGCUGUAAUAUUGAAAACGUUUGUGAUACAAUAUCAGAGUUUCAGUCCUGCAUUUAUAACAUUUCAGCUUUGGAAGACGGAAAUAUACAUUUUAAGUGGUGUUUAAUUCUGAAGGAGUUUAAAGUUAUCUUCUGAGAGGCAGUUUUACUGCUAUAGAAAAACAAGUGAAAUAUUAGCGAUUUUGGAUCUUUAUUGACAUAUUUUUGUUACCAACUGAAUGUUUAUUAUAGAGUGUAAAAUGACUUUGUGUAAAGCUAAAAAUUCUUUCAGUCUUUUGGACACAGAAGAUUCGAGUAUUUAUUUAGUUACAGAAAAUUUUGUACAUUUCAUCCUAAGUGGUGGCGAGCUCAAUAGUGAAAUGGUCUGUGUUAGCCAGGCUUGCAGUUUUUGUUUAGAAGUGAUAAAAUGUUCAUGUUUUUUCUUUCAUAAGAAUAUCAUCGUAAAUAAUCAUGUUAUUGAUUGUGUGACUGAAAGUUUGUCACAAUUUUUAGAUCAUUUCCAAUGGAGAUUUUUGUUAGGCUCCUGACAGUAGGGGCAGACUGUUUUCAUCUCACAGACCUAUAAAGCUAGACUAAACUGGCUAUGCUGAAAAAGUUUUUGUUUGCUAUAGUAAAGUUUUAGUAUGCAUCAGUAUGAAAAACACUUGACUGUUUGAUUCUCAAGUGAGUCAAAAUUAUUCUAAAAUUUAUUGGCAUUCUGUCAAAAGUUCUGUUUUCACCAUUGUUACUGAAUUGGAAGCGUACAAUGUGUUUGUAUUAAUGGAAAUGAAAGAUUACACUGGAGUUAAAUUGUUAUCAAUAAUUGUUACACAAAUCUCAGAGAAAGUUUGUUAAGAAACUGAACUUGACAAUAAUACCUAAUGUGAAAAUGGAUAAAAUAAGUUUUGUUGGUACAUGUGAGAUGUAAACAGUCUGCCCAGGUUAUUUUGGUUUAGUGCUAUUUUAAUUACAGCUUAUUUAUCACCUUAUUUGGGUAUUCAAAAUUACAAAAUAGAAUUUUAAAAAAUAAAUAACAUCAACAUAGAA